AUGGAUCAAUUACCCAGGACAAUGAUUCCUGAUGCAAUAGCUUAUUUUACAGCUAUUGUUCCAUACAUUGUACUUCUUAUAUUAAUUAUUCAAAGUUCAUUGUUGAAAGGAGCUGUUGAAGGAAUUAAAUUUUAUGUUAUUCCAAGGUGGGACCUUGUUGCAAAAUUUGAGACUUGGCAAGCAGCUGCUUCUCAAGUAUUCUUUUCACUUGGUCUCAGUUUUGGUUCAUUAAUGGCAUAUUCAGCAUCAAAUAAAUUCAAGAAUAAUUUCUUUCGACAAAUGUGUAUAGUUGUAUCAUGUGAUUGUCUAACUGAAGUAUUUGCUGGUUUUGCUGUAGUUGCAACAAUAGGAUAUUUGGCGACAGAAUUAAAAGAACCCGUUGAAAAAUAUGCUCAAUCAUCUGGUCCUGGUUUAGCAUUUAUAACAUAUCCUGAAGCUAUUUCACAUAUGCCAGCUAGUGCAAUAUUUUCAAUUCUAUUCUUUUUAAUGUUAUUAGCACUUGGUCUUGGUUCACAGUUUGCAUUAACUGAUGUUCCAACCACAUCUUUAUUAGAAUUAUUUCCAAGAUUUAAAUCUAAAAGAUCAC